GAUGGUGGCAGUGAAUUUGAGGUCCAAUAGGCGCGGUUCCUUUUAUCCAUUGUUUGGAAGAAUCAGAAGGUACCACAGCGUUUAGUGAACGAUAACAGACGCCUGGCAAAAGAUUUGAUUUCACUUGACGAUUAUUGAUGCCUCGAAGACCCGUUCCAUAUUGGUUUACACGUCAGCUGACACAUGUUUAUGUACGAGUUGAAUGCACGCAUGUAACGCACAUGAAAUUUCUUUUGGGAGAGUCGGCGAACUAAUGAGAUUGGCUCGAUAAAAAACCUUGGUUCGAGAAUGAAAUGACAGUGAAUAUUAUGGAAAAGUUGAAGGACAAAGGGUGGUACAUCACAGAUCAUGGUUACAAUUUAGGAAGUGAUUCUGGAAGUGUUACCGAUGUUCACAAAAUCAUAAAGCGAUUGUUGGAUCUUGAUUUGAGAGAAACUGGUAGUGGUCAAGGAGAUGUUAGUCAAGGUAAUAUUGUCCUGCAAAUACAAAAAAUACGUAAUGUUUCUGCUCCAAAGAACAACGAAGAAUCUCGUGCAGCUCCACGUUUAUUGAAAUUAUCUUUAACUGAUGGUAAAAAUAACUUCCAAGCUAUAGAAGCUGAACACAUCUCAUCUUUGAGUUUAAAUACUCCUCCUGGUACAAAAAUACUAAUAGCUUCAGGAAAUUUGCCAAUGUCCCAUGGAAUUAUUUUAUUAAAACCAUCUCACAUAGCCCAAGUACUUGGAGGGAAAGUAACAAACCUUGUGGAAAAAUGGGAAUUGAACAAAAAAUUGGCACUGCAUACACGAGUGAGAUCAGCCGAAGAAGGUGGACCCCCACCAUGGAUACCAUUUGGCAAAAAGAUUAUAAAAGUUUCUGAACAUGACAAAAAUUUUAAAGCAUUGGCUGAGAAAGAAAAGUGUACUAAAGAAAAUGCGGAAUUCGAAGCUCAACGGAAGGAUGCAAUAGCAGAAGCUGCUAAGCAAGGUAGCAAAAAGAUUUUUGGUGGUGGAAAUAAGCAGCUUUUAGAUCACAGUGUACAAAAAAUUGUGGAUCAAGGCUUUUCUAUAGAACAAGCAGAGUAUGCCUUGAAAGUUAAUCGUAAUAACGUCGAUAGAGCUUUGAAAAGUUUGCUAAAAGCAGACAAUAAACACAACACAUUCAAAGAAUCUCGAGAACCUCGAACUAAACGAUUUGAUAAGAAAGCUGAAGAAAAUAAACCGAGUAGCGGAAAAAUAUCUCUUUUUGAUUUUCUAGAAGACAAAUUACCUUUACAGUCCGAGCCUACCGAGACGUGUAAUCCAUCCCAAAAUAGCUAUCCGCAUACAGAAUUUAAUUACGAUAGAGUUGAAUCCAAAAGUAACGAAGCACAAAGUGGAAAAAGCGGAAGAGCUCAAAAAGGGGGUCGUGGAUAUCAAGUUCCUCCCAGACAUUCAGAAGAAAAUAAAAAUAAUAAGAAAACAAACUUUAAUAACCUUGUUACCCCACAGUAUUCGCAAUAUAAUGGGGGAAGUAACUCUCAACAAAAUAAACCACCGAGAUUUCAACGAAAUCAAGAUAGUCAUAGUUAUGGUCUGCAAGAUUCAGGAACUAAAAUGUACCAAAAAUCUCACUUGAACGAUUCCCGAAAUUCCGGUUUACAAACACGUACAGACGGAACAAACAUUACAGAUACCACGAAUUAUUAUAAAGCUCCACAGGAUCAACAAGGGAAAAGUUUCGGUACCAGCAGGAAUUAUAAUCAUCAUGAAACUGAUACCAGGCAUAGACAGAGUUACGAUGCUUCUUACGGUAGGCAUAAUCGAGCACAGGAAGAUGGAACACAUAGAGCUUUUCCUGUAACCACAAAUGAUAAAAAUGACAAAAACCAAUCGAAUAGAUAUCAACUGAAUGACAAUUUCGAUGGCAAAGGGACUAUUGGACCUAACCAUCAAAGAGGUCAAUACCAUUAUAGUAACAAUCAAAAUACAAAUGUUUCUAUGGGCAGCACUUGGGUUUGGCGAAUAGGUGAUAAAUGUUUAGCGAAAUAUUGGGAAGAUGACAGGUACUAUAAUGCAAAAGUAACCGGAGUAUCAAAUACAACCUGCGUCGUCCAGUUCAAAGGAUUUAAAAAUUAUGAAGAAGUACUCCAAACAGACUGCUUGCCUAUAACAGACGAUCCUCAAGUUCAAGAUUACGGAAUGGACCAGAAACAACCAGAUCAACAGUUUAAUAACAGACAGCUUCGUUAUGAUCAAACACAAAAACAUAUAGCUGCGGGUAUGGAAUUUCGAAGAAGUGGAAAUGGAAUCGUUCCUACAAAUAAAGCUGGUUACAAUAAAAAGCGUAGCCAGCAACGAAGUGCGCAGCCUAUUUAUCAGCCUCCAGCGCAACGAUAUCAAAGUUCUAUGCCUAUGAAUACUCAAAAUAAUUCCUUACUUUAAUGUACCGUCAGUUUUUCAUUUUAGUAAAAAUACUGGACAUCGCUGAA